AUGAAUUGGAAAUAUGAGGCCUUCAGUAGUAAAUCUAUUCCAGAAAUGAAUGUUUCGAGAGAUUCAGUAUUCCUGUUGCGUUUCCUCCGAUUCAAAAAAUUCAGCCUCCCAUUGGCCCAGGAGGCCAUAGAGCGCUAUUUGCUCCUUAGACAGGCCUUCGGCAUAGCCUUCAGAGAUUUGGACUUCAAGAAACCGAACAUGGAAGAACUUCUUAACCUCGGUUACUUGUUUCCUUGCCCUGAGCGCGAUUCUAAAGGACGCAGGAUUAUUGUCGCUAGACCAGGGGUUCAACCCUCAUCGGUUCACAAACGAGGACAUGUGCAGAAUUCACGGAAUUGUUUACGAAACCCUCAUGGAGGAGGAGGAAAGUCAGAUUCAUGGAUUUGUACAUUUUGCCGAUGGGGUUGGGAGGACUCUCCCGAUGAGACACAAAGAGGGUCACGUGAUCAACGCCCAUCCUUCGUUAAAGUUCGCCGUCGACUUCGGCUUCAGCCUGAUUCCCGAAAAGAUGCGAAAGAGGGUUCACAUGUACACGAGCAUGGACGAUGUCGCGUACGAAGACAAACAUCUUUUGCCGAAGGAAUACGGCGGCACGAUGCCCAUGGAGGAAAUGAUAGGGUCUGGGGUAACUCGGUGUACUUUAAAAUAGCAAUUGAAAAUGAUGAUGUAGUUAUAAUUGUAGGAGUUUGUAAAAAAUUGUUCAAAGUGAAACUGGAAGCUCGCCGCGACUUGGUCCUGUCCAACGAUAAAAUGGCAGUGCGGCUAGAUAUGUACAGUGCUAGGGAGCGCGAAGGCGCUGUUUCGGCAUUGAAGCACAAACCCGGUAUGAGCACCACCGACGAGAACGAGACCAUGAUCGGCAUGUCGGGCAGUUUCAGAAAGUUGGAAGUCGAUUAA